UCGUCUUCUAUGCUUCUGGCUGAACACAUUCAAAAUAUUCUACUUGGUCAGAAAAGACUGGCCAGUGUACUGGACUCAGAUGAAACAAUGAAUCGUGUUCGAUUUUGGACAACUUCAAAGAAAUAGCUAGCUAACGAACGACUUUAGGCGUGCUAGCUAACGUCAGUUACAGCUGGCUAUGAUGAUGGGUUGAGCUGAAGCUGCUAUAAGCUGUGGACUGUUUGCUGUCUAGCUAAUAUCAAUUAGCUUGUUGACAAAUAAUUAACAUUAGCCAGUUUGCUGAUUCGGAAUGCUGGGUCGUGUUGUGUUUGUAGUUGUAUGCUAGCGAGCUACGUAGACUAAUUCCGUAAACAGCGAGACUACACUACAAUGUAUCGCUGCACGGUGGAACUACUGAAUUUUAUCGAUGCCUUCCUGAAAUGGAAAGUCGUGUCUUUUUGGUAUUUUACUGACUGUUAGCUAGCUACGCGGCUGGCUAGGUACCUAGCUAGCUUCUUUUCAUCUUUUAGGUAGCAAGAUCCCAGCUAACGUUCAUGAGUAAUGGCCUGCCGCAGUUCUGAAACGAGCAGUACGACACUCUGCGCCGAUGUGAACGUAGCAAUGGCAGCAUCGCAGGGGAAUGUAGACCAGACGAUGAAACCUGUGUUAUUUGAAAUAUUUGGAGAGAUAUGGAAUGUGCAGGCUCGGCUUGGGCAGGGUGUUUCGGCUUCGGUUUACCGUGUCAGUUCUGGACGGGCCAGUUCAGCCGCAGUGAAAGAGUUUCAGGCGGACGCACAGGGUGGAGAUUACGGGUAUCACAAAGAGAGAACCGUGCUUGAAGACAUUCAAGGACACAAAAACAUCGUUACAUUGUAUGGAGUUUUCACCAAUCACAGCUGCCAGGGUGUGUCAACCCGCUGCCUGCUGCUGGAGCUACUGGAUGUGAGCGUAUCAGAGCUGCUGGUGAGGGCCAAUAGCCAGGGCCACUCCAUGUGGGUUAUCCAGCACUGUGCACGGGACGUCUUGGAGGCCUUGUCCUUCCUGCAUCGUGAAGGCUAUGUCCAUGCUGACCUAAAACCUCGCAACAUCCUCUGGAGCCCUGAUGACGAGUGCUUCAAACUCAUUGAUUUUGGGCUCAGCUUCAAAGAGGGAAAUCAGGAUGUGAAAUACAUCCAGACGGAUGGCUACCGUGCCCCCGAGGCAGAGCUGCAGAACUCACUGGCUCAAGCUGGGCUGGAGGGGGAUUCUGGGUGUACCUCAGCCAUUGAUCUGUGGAGUCUUGGAAUCAUUUUACUGGAAAUGUUCUCAGGAAUUAAACUGAAAGAAACUGUUCGCUCUCAGGAAUGGAAGGAUAACAGUUCUGCGAUAAUAGACCAUAUCUUCACUAGUAAAAUUGUGGUUUGUCCUGCCAUCCCAGUCUACCACCUUCGAGACCUUAUUAAAAGCAUGCUCCACAACGACCCCAAGCAGAGAAGCACAGCUGAGAAAGCCUUGUGCAGCCCCUUCUUCAGUAUUCCUUUCGCCCCUCAUAUUGAAGACUUGGUCAUGCUACCCACACCGGUUCUCAGGCUGCUCAACAUUAUUGACGACAGUCACCUCUACAAUGAAGACGAGUAUGAAGACAUUGUGGAGGACAUGAAAGAAGAAUGCCAGAAGUAUGGGGCGGUUGUUUCCCUGUUGAUCCCAAAGGAAAACCCAGGCAAAGGCCAGGUUUUUGUUGAGUAUGCAAAUGCUGGUGACUCCAAAGAAGCCCAGAGGUUGCUGACAGGACGAACAUUUGAUGGGAAGUUUGUUGUGGCCACUUUCUACCCAUUGAGUGCCUAUAAGAGGGGAUACCUGUACCAAACAGUGCAGUAAGGCUCCACACAUAACCUUUCAAGGCCCUUUGAGCAACCUACAUCUUCCCUAGUAAUGCAGGCCACUUCACUAGUACAAUUUUCACUGUUGUGAAUUCAGUUUGCACUGAUCUCCCAUUACGAGGACAACUACUUAUAUAACUGAUAAAUUUAAUGUACCAUCAUGAUGUGCACAUUGAAACUUUCUGCUUUACAAAGUACUAAGGGAAGGACUUCCUUCAAGCGCGCUGUAGUUUGUAUUGUUGUGUACAGUAUGUAGGAUAGUGUUUCAAAGCCUUUGAUUCUUCAUGGCCUUGAAUGUAUGCCAUGUAUUGCUUACUGUGGCUUAAACACAUUAUAAUAUUAAAUCAAUUCAGAAAGGAUAAUGCCACUAUCAGAAUCUGAAGAUUAUAACAGUAUCAUAGCAAACAGGGGUGUAGAUUCACAGAGGGGUGAUGCCUUUACCAAAGGAUAGUUAAGUUCCUGUUCCUGUGUGUAUCAAAGUCCUGCCCAUUAAUCCUUUUAUGAAUUUAUCACCAUUUUAUGAAUUUACAUCAUGUGUCUGUCCGCAUUGACUGCACUCUCUGAUGGGCAUUUGGAAAAGCUAAUCAGAACCACUGGCUGAUUUAGACAAUGGUGGGAAUCUAUAGUUGUGGCCCUGAUGAGAAUGUAUUGUAGUUCUUAAAAAAGUGACGGAGGUACAAACCAACUGAACUAUUUUUUCCAGAGUUUACUAUUUGCCAGAGCUGCACUGGUUGACUUCAAAUGUAGUACUGGUCUUGAAUCCAAAUGUAGAUUCUUCACUGAUUCUUCAGUGUUACAGAUAAUCUUUUCCCCGAUGCCACUUACUCAUAGAGCACAAAAGCAUAUUAUGUGCAGCUGCUUCAUAUGCAUUCUGUGGUCACAUCAGCAAUUUUUGUAAUUCCCUUAAAUUACAUGCAAGUGUUCAGGUUGGUUUUUAAAGUCUUCAGUAGAGGGGAGUUAUUCCAGAAUAACUAGAUUUUGUCUCGUCCAAACUUU